UUUGACGCGAUGGCUGCUGCUGCUGUUCUGGGGGAAGUUGGAGGCGUCUUGCACGGCAUCGAUGGUGUCGCGCAGGUCGGGUCCCAUUUCCUCCUGACCCCACUCGGGGACAGUCCGAUGCUCCUCGGGGAGCACCUCAUACCUGGGGACCGGCUCUCCCGGAGCACCGCGGCGGAUUUAACGCACCUCAAGGGGAUCCUCAGGAGGAGACAGUUAUACUGCAGAACUGGGUUUCAUCUGGAAAUACUUCCGGACGGCACCGUGCAGGGGACGAGGAAGGACCACAGUCGUUAUGGUAUUUUGGAAUUCAUAAGCCUUGCCGUUGGGUUGAUAAGUAUUAGAGGUGUGGACAGUGGACUCUACCUGGGGAUGAACGACAAAGGAGAGCUGUAUGGCUCAGAGAAGCUCACAGCUGAGUGUGUCUUCAAGGAGCAGUUUGAGGAGAACUGGUACAACACAUACUCCUCCAACCUCUACAAACACGGAGACAAAGGGACACGUUAUUUUGUGGCGUUAAAUAAAGAUGGGACACCAAGGGACGGGACUAAAUCCAGGCGGCACCAGAAAUUUACCCACUUCUUGCCCAGGCCUGUGGACCCCGACCGUGUGCCAGAGCUGUACAGGGAUAUCCUGGGACACAGCUGA